CAGCAGCAGCAGCUGUAUAAUUAUCUGGUGAUCAUGUGUUCUGGUUGUCCAUUUUCUUUCUAUUAUACUACCUCCCCUCUGCUUCUCUUUCUCUCGUCUCUCCACAGAGUCUCUGAAUUCUCCCUCGGCUUCUAAUCUCUCUCGCUCUGCACUAUUUCAAGCCACAAUCUCAUUUGCCACACAAUCACCAUCUUCAUAAUAUCAUACACCCUUGACUUUAUCUCACCCCUCUUACAACUUGAAACAUUCACCUCUUUCAUUCAUAACAUAAACUCACUUGAUAUUAAAGCCAGAAGCUCUGUUUGAUCAGCUUGGUUUUCAAGGUUUUUGCUUUGCUGGAAUUAGCUGGCUUUGUCUGAAUGUAUUUUAUAUGAUUGGUCUAUUUCAUGCUUACCCACCAGAUUGGAAAAUAAAAAUAAAGUCAAAGCUUGAGUCUUUAUCAGUCUUGAAACGCAGAAACACACUGUUUUGUGUGUUAAGUAGUAUUUGUUGAGUGAAAUUUGUGUUAAGAAGUGGAGAGAAAGAUGAUGAGGAUGAGGAGUGGAAUUACGGAAAUGCCAUCCAACAAAGGUGGCCCUGGUGGUGCAGAGAAUGAGUGGGAAAUGAGGCCUGGAGGAAUGCUUGUUCAGAAGAGAGACCCUGAUUCUGAUCACCCUAGGGUUCCACCUCCACCUACUAUUCGAGUCCGGGUUAAAUUUGGCUCCAUUUAUCACGAGAUCAAUAUCAGCUCUCAGGCUACUUUUGGAGAGUUGAAGAAGAUGUUAUCAGGGCCAACAGGGCUGCAUCAUGAAGAUCAGAAAUUGUUGUUUAAAGAUAAGGAGAGGGCGUCCAAAGUGUUCUUGGAUGUUGUGGGAGUUAAAGAUAAGUCGAAGAUUGUGCUUGUUGAGGAUCCUAUUAGCCAGGAAAAGAGGUAUCUUGAAAUGAGAAGGAAUGCAAAGAUGGAGAAGGCUGCAAAAUUCAUUUCCGAAAUUAGUUUGGAGGUUGAUAGGCUAACCGGACAGGUGUCUGCACUUGAAUCUGUAAUUUCUAAAGGUGGAAAAGUUGCCGAGAAACAAGUUUUGAGUUUAACUGAACUGUUGAUGAAUGAAUUGCUCAAGUUGGAUGGAAUUGUAGCAGAUGGAGAUGUGAAAUUGCAGAGAAGAUUGCAGGUGAAAAGAGUACAAAAGUGUGUUGAAACACUUGAUCUGUUAAAGAUCAAAAACUCGAGCCAAAGUGUUAUUGAUGGAAGUGAUAUUAGCGAUACUAUUCAGCAGCAGGAGAAUAAGCCCGAGUCAGUAGUUGAAAAGCGUGAAGAACAGAGGUAUCCAAAUGGUAAAAUACCAUUCAGAACUCAACCGCAAUCAAGGCGUACCACUGGCCAUUCGCAGUUACAGAUGCAGCAGGACGCUGCAAGGCACUCACCAUCAGCACCAGUUGUUAUAACAACUCAAUGGGAGACCUUUGAUCCCGUGCCAGCAAUGCCAACGCCUGUCCAGCCUGCUGCAUCAAGCGGCAAUAAUACAGUACACCCGAAAUUUACAUGGGACUUGCUCUAAUUGGGGAAAAGUAUAUGUUUUGAGUGUUGAAGUGUGUCUUUUUAGUUUGUCAUUGUUGGUUUGGUAUCUAUUCCCCAUUAUUGUCUGUACUUAGAAUUUUGGUAGCAUCUCUUUUCUCUGUCAUUUACUUGAGAAAAUAAACGGGGCUACUACUACAUACUGCAACAUAUAAUAUACAUUUCAUACUUCCUUCGAUCAA